AUGGAAACUCAGCCCACGAGCCGGAAAGCCACGCUACUGUCAGUGGAUCCCUCGUGCCAAAUAGUGUUUCCUUUAGUGCGCAUUCCGAGACCUUGGGUCAACGGUUGGAGUGGUCUUAGUCCACUUGCUCAGGAUCAUCUUGGUCUAGGCUUCGAAAAUAGAGUCAGGGGGCCUUUUCUCCCCCUUCGUUACCCUUUUGAGGGUUGUGCAUGGCCAUUGACGUUUUUGGCCUGCCUUACCCAUGGCUUGACAUGUGGAGAAUGCAGGGGAUGGUCAUGACGUUAUAUGUAGGAAUUGUCCCCGGUAUCUUGGGUGUGAGCACAGUCGUUUCUUUCCCUCGGUUUUUAGCCAGUGAUUCAUGAUGGUUGGUUUUGUACAUACUUUGUUGUUAAGGCUUUGGCGUCGACUUAGGAGGACCCUGGCCUGUAAGGGCUCGGUCUCUCCAGAUGACGAGGUGUACCUGCUUAAUCGCAGUCCCAAGGAAUCUGCCAGGCUCAAUGCCCAACAUAACUUUCUCGUCGACUUAAUUGGUGGUCGAUCCAUUCAUCCUGCCAUCCCUUUAGAGGAUAUCACAACUAUAGCAGACGUUGCAACGGGGACCGGGAUAUGGCUCUCGUCCCUCAUCACGGCCCUCAAACCACAUCCUACCAAUCGUCUUUAUCUCCAAGGCUUCGAUAUCUCUCCUGCCCAAUACCCCCUCUACAAGGAUAUUGCACCCACUCAUGAACUUCACCUCUCCACUUAUGACAUGCGCAACCGGUUCCCCCCAGAGCAUAGAGGCCGAUAUGAUUUAGUACAUCUCCGGCUUCUCGUCGGUGCCCUCAAAGAAGAAGAUUAUCCUCAGUCGAUGCGUAACAUAUAUGAGCUUCUAAAACCAGGAGGCUACCUUCAAUGGGACGACUGCGACACGACUGCGUUCUCUACCGCCGAAUCAUCGCCUGAUCCAUUCAUUCUCCGCAUGCAGGAGACUGUCGCGUCAGCAGCUGUGAACCUGGGCCUAUGUCCGACGGCGCCGGUGCUGAUCGAGAAGCUAGCCAAACUAGUCGGUUUCGAGGAUGUAUCCCGGCAGUCGUAUAAUACCAUUGAUAAGCCGUAUCUGCAUAAUUCUGCACGGGAAUGGCUGGUCCAGGUCUUGCGGUCAUUGCUGCCGAAGUCGAUGCUAGGGACCGGAGAGGCAACGGACGAGAAAGAUGCCGUGGAACGGACCGAGCGGUUAGUGGAAGAGCUGGAGAGUCGCUGUCAGAAUGUUUUGCCGGUGGUGAAUCUGCAUGUUGUUCUUGGAAGGAAGCCUUUGAAGGGUUGAUUUUGAGCGUUGCAUUGACGAUGAUACGAGUUUUAUACUGGGUCAGAUAUGGUUGCAUUCCUUGAUUGUUCUUUCCAUCCUGUGUUACUAAUACAUGCAGCGGUUAAUAACUAAUGUAUCAGAGUGAUAUAUAUGUAUAUACGAUUAAAUCACACAAUGCUGACGAUUCUCCACGACA